AUGAAUAAAAUAUUGAAUACUAUCGAUAAAAUUGACGUAUUUGGAGUUCCUAUUAAUCUUCUAACUAAUGAAAAGAGUUCCAUUUUUCAAAGUAAAGUUGGAGGGCUAUUAACUUUAAUUGCAGGAGCCCUAAGUAUUUCAUAUUUUUUAUAUGUUUUUGUAUUUUGGGUUAGCAAUUUAAUACCUCCUAAUAUAAGUUUCAAAUAAGAAACAAUAGGAUAUGCUUAGUUUCACAUUUAAUCUGCAAUGAUUGAAUUAAUGUUAACUGAUUUCUCUGGAGAUGCUGAUCCAUUCAGAAAAGAAAAUAAUAUUAUUACUCCUCAUUUAUAUACAGUUAUAGAUACUACAAUAAUAGAUAAACCUAUUCCUUUAUUUAGUACCUAAGAAAAACCUUAUAUAAUAUCUUUUGAGAAUGUUACCUUAGUAUUAAAUCAUUAAAUUGAUCCAGAUUAAAAUCAUUAAGAGAUGAAAUAAUAUUUAAUUGUACUUGAAAGUUGUUCUAAUACUACUUUAUAAGAUAAUGGUUAUUGUGCUGAUUAGAAAACAAUUGAUGAUUAUUUAUAAAAAUUUCAUGGAUUCUUGUUUUUAAGUAUAAAAUUAAAUUAACUUAAUCAUGUAACAAGAGAAUUAGAAGAAUUCAAUAAACAAUAUUACUAGGCUUUUGAUAUGUUUAAACCAUAAUAUUCAUAGGUUAUGUUAAAAUAGUAAGAGACAGUCAUUGAUGAUGGUCUUUUAUUUAAUAAUUAUUAAAAUUACUAAUUCUUAAACAAUUAUGAAUUAAUUAAUUAGUAAGUUGAUACUUUAUUUUCUUCUAAUGUUGUAUCAUAAAUGUCCAAAUAACAAUAUAACUUUACAAAUUAUGCAUGUUAUUUAUUUAGAUUAGAUAGUAUUUAAGUUAAAGAAUUAGUUACAAUGCCAAAACUAGGUCAGUUUCUUGCUUAAGUUGGUUCAAUAGUUUAAUUGAUAUUCUUAUUAUAACACAUAGCCUUAUAUUAUAAUAAUAAACUUCUAGAAAAUCAAUUACUUCAUGAAAUUAUUACAAUGUAUUAUCCUGAAUUAAAAAAUAUUAAACUUACAAUAUUUAAUAAAUUGGAAUUCAAAGAGAGUGUAGAUAAUAAUAUCAAAUGUAUUAAUUUAGAUUUCAAAUCUAAAUAUAAAAUCUUAGUUGAUAAAGCAAAAGAGAAAUGUAGGUUUAAUAAUAUUUUGUAUGAAAUUUCGAGAAUUUAAUUUAUUAUCUAAUAAUAAUUUGGAGAUUAAGUCUUAUAAUAGAGUCAUUUAUUAGGAGGAAAACUUGAAAACAAUUAUUAUGAAUUGUAAAAUUGCAAAGAAACAAAGAGAUUAGCAAUCAAACCAGAGAAUUCUAUAGAUUUGGGGAAUGGCUAUCCCUUAUUAGAUCCUUUGGAAAUAUUAUCAAAAUAGCCUUGGAUUGCUUGA